AUGAAUAACAACAAGAGACGAAUUAAUCGUCAAAAAUUCACCAACCAGAAUCUAAACAACAGGAACAACACUGGUAAUAACAACAACAAUAUUAGUAAUAAUAAUAAUAAUAAUAAUAAUAAUAAUAAUAAUAAUAAUGUAAUUGUGAAUAAACAAUCAAAUAAUAAUAAUACUACUAAUAAUAAUAAUAAUAAUAAUAGUAAUAAUAGUACAUCUAAUAAUGGUCCAAAAUUAAAUAGAUACCAAACUAAACACAGAGUCAUCAUUUGUAAUUACGACCAAAAUGAAUCAAUCAACAAAUUGGCAAAUUAUUUAAAAAUAAGUCCUAAUAAUGUAUUCGGAAUGAAGGUAGAUAAUAAUUUGAAAUUAGCUAUAUUAUACUUUAGAAACAAACAACUAGCAGAAAAUUGUAUUAACAAAAAUUCUAAUCUUGCUAUAUGCCAUCAAACUACUGUAACUGAAUUUAAAUAUAAUAUUAAAUUAGAAAUUAAUGAAGAAAAUAUUAAAAAAGUUUGGACAGAAUUUAAUAAUUCAGAAAACCAUGACAAUAUGGGAGAUGAAGCAGAUAAACCAAAUACUAAAAUUAUAUCUAUGAAUAUGGUAACAUCUACUAAAUAUUGGUCAAUCCACACCAACACCCUUGUUAGCGAAACAUUAAUGAAAAAAUUGGAAUUAACUAGAGACCUAGAUAAAUCAGUGUCUUUCGUUAUUAAUUUAGGAGAUAAUAUUAAUAUUAGACAUGAUGAAUUGGAAAAAACUAUUGAAGAACAAUGGAAAGUUAAACCAAGAGUAACUUGCUCCAAUGAUAAAAAAAUGUUCGCUGUUGUCCCAAUUAAUCAAUUAGCUACAGCCUCAAUCACUAGAGAGAUUUAUUUUGAAAAUCAUAUCCUCAAAAAUCUAUCCUAUAGCUAUUACAAAAAGAAAAGUUUUAAAAUUAAAUUUAAAAAAAUGGAAGAAGAAUUAAAAAAUCGUACAUUGGAAAAUGAAGUUCUUACUGAAAGUUUGGACUAUUUGGAAGAUAAAUUUGAAACUCUCAAAACGAACAUCAAAGAGGAUUUUACAUCUAGAAUUACUUACCUAGAACAAGAAACAAUUACCAAAUCUAUGCUGAAAGAAGAAUUUGAAUUAAAUAAUUCACAAAUUUCAGUUCAAUUUGAUAAACAUAAAAUUGAGAUGAAAGAAUCUGUAACUAAUCAACUAAAAGAAAAUCAUGAUUCUAUCAUCAAUCAUAUGAAUAUAACUAUGAAACAAAAUUUUGCGGGUUUAUUUGAAGAAUUUAGAAACCUAGGGGUACUUCCAACACCCAAACAAUGA